GGUGUGUUCGUGGGCGGGCUAAAUGCUUACAGUAGAAUAGUCCGUAGAUCAGAAGCUCAGGUUGUGAUUUCUAAACUACACAAUCAACACAGAUCAAAUAUAUCAGGCGAAAUGGAGGAUAUAAAGCCCGAGGAGACGAAUGUGGGGGAGCAGAAAGAUGAGGAGAAUAAGAUCUGUCUAGAGAAAAUGGAAGAAGCCAAACUGAAGGCCAAAUACCCACACCUGGGUAACAAACCCGGAGGGUCUGAUCUCCUCAGAAAACGACUGCAGAAGGGGCCAAAGUACUUUGACUCGGGCGACUACAACAUGGCGAAGGCCAAAAUCAAAAACAAGCAGCUUCCAGCAGCGCAGACGGAGAAGGCUGAGAUCACCGGAGACCACAUCCCCACCCCUCAGGACCUCCCGCAAAGGAAACCCUCUCUGGUGGCCAGCAAACUGGCUGGCUGAUACCUGCUGCUGUCCUUCCCUCCACACUCCCACUUCCUGUCUCUUCAUCCACAUUUCUCUCUGAUCCUGCAUUCCUGCCCUCGUCCUCUCUCUCGUUUUCCUGUCCUCUGAAAAUACACUGAAUAUUCAAGGGUUGCAGAUGUUCCAGAGCUGUACUGCCGCACUGUGAGAUGGGCUGGGUCGUGGCUCCAAAGGGGGGUGAAGUUCUCAAAGGUCUUCUGGUAUUUUACAUGUGUUGUAGUGUGUAGUCGAAAGUGUACAUAUUUACUAGUGAGUGAGGGCAAGCAGCAUUUUAGAAGAUGUUUUGCAUUUAAAAAAUUGUAACCAUUCCUCAAUUACCCACUGCUUAGAGGACAAGGUCUCCCAAAGAUGAAAAUUCUGACGUUAUUUACUCAAAUCAAAAGGAGAUGUUUAGUGGAAUGUCCAAGCUGCUCUGUUUCAAAAAAAGUCUGUUAAAGAAAAGGGCUGAAGAGUCUUCUAGACUUGAGAUUUACAGUAACUUUGUGUGGGAUGUAAGCAUAUAGAAGUAAUUUCCUAUUAAAAAUUCGCCUCC